GGAAUCAAGUUUCAUUGGAAAUCAAGUUACGAAACCUAUAUAUAAAACGAUUUGCUGACCCUAACCUCUUAUCUCGGAACCCUAGUUGUUAGACAACUAAGCCACCAUGCCGCCAAAGCUUGAUCCAUCGCAGGUAACCGAGGUGAAGGUCCGAAUCACAGGCGGUGAGGUGGGUGCGGCAAGUUCACUUGCUCCGAAAAUCGGUCCACUCGGUCUCUCCCCAAAAAAGAUAGGAGAAGACAUUGCUAAGGUGACUGCCAAAGACUGGAAGGGUAUCAGGGUGACAGCCAAGCUCAUCGUGCAAAAUCGUCAGGCGGAGAUUGAGGUGGUUCCUUCGGCAUCUGCACUUGUCAUCAAGGCGUUGAAAGAGCCGGAGCGUGACCGCAAGAAGACCAAGCAUAUCAACCACAAUGGGAACAUAUCCCUUGAGGAUGUCAUUGACAUUGCUAGGGUUAUGAGUCCGAGGUCGAUGGCGAAGAAACUUUCUGGCACUGUUAAUGAGGUUCUUGGUACGUGUGUGUCUGUUGGAUGUACCGUGGAUGGCAAGGCUCCUAAGGACUUGCAGCAGGAAAUUAAUGGCGGAGUGGUUGAAAUCCCUGCUUUUUAAGGAGGUGUUUUUUCUUAUAUGUUUUUGUUGUGGUUUGAGCGUAUUACACUUUAUUUGUCUUGUAUUGUGUUAUAAAAUUGUUAAUUUGGUUUUGCGUUUGGGAGUUGUUGACAUAGUGAGCAUAUCAUUAUUCAUUGCCCUAGUUAGCCGAA